AUGAGCUGUGCAUCGCGCGUGUUAUUUAACACAUUCAACCAGGACUUUAGUUGCUUUGCAUGUGGUCUGGAUGAUGGUUUUCGAAUUUAUGAUGUUGAUCCUUUGAAACAGAAAUGUAGUGAAAAAUUAAAUGGUGGAAUUGGAAAAAUAGAAAUGUUAUUCCAGUGCAAUUAUAUUGCUCUUGUAGGUGGUGGCAGAGUUCCAGCUUUCGCCACAAAUAAAGUUAUAAUUUGGGACAUUUUGCAACACAGAAAAGUGCUUGAAUUGGAAAUGAGUGAUGAUGUACUAGCAGUGCGCUUACGACGUGACCGUAUCGUAGUAGUUCUCGAUACUUUUAUCCAUAUCUUUAGUUUUACAGACCGACCGAAAAAAUUGCAAGUUUUUGUUUCAAGUAGAAAUCCACGUGGGAUAUGUUGCUUGUGCUCAGCCUCUGAAAAUUCUAUUCUUGCUUUUCCUGCUUCUUCAUCUUCCUCUGCAGUUUGCUGUAUAACUCUGUCUAACCCAGAUGCUCCUCCACGAAUAAUGAAUGCUCAUCAAAGACCACUCUCAGCUAUCGCGCUUAAUGUUACUGGUGAACAGUUAGCAACUUCUUCCGAGAAAGGUACUAUAAUAAGGAUUUUCAAUACUAGAACUUGUGAUUUAUUGAAGGAAUUACGGCGUGGGACAAAUCCAGCUUCUAUAUUUUGUCCGUUAAAAAAGCUGACUUUUUUUGGUGAAGUGAGCGUGUCACGCUUUCAGUUGCCGUUCCCUUCUAAACAUACUGACUUUUGCUUAUGCAGUUUUGGUCCUCAGCCAAAUUCUGUCAUCGUGGUGUCAUCUGAUGGUAGCUACUGCAAAUUCAAUUUUUAUUCAGGACGUGGCGAAUGUUCUCGACAAACCUGUUUAUUGUAUCUAGAGAUGACUAAUAAUUAUUAA